AAACUUGUCAAUUUGUUGUAUCCGUACAUGUUCUGAUUCAGUCGUAUAUUUUCUAAUUUAUGUUUAUAAGAAUAAAUAGACUAUAUAAAUUAAAAAGCAAGAAAUUAGUAUAAACUGUGCAAGAAUAUAUGCAAUAAUCCAAAGAUGUCGGAAACUUACGAGUACUUGUUUAAGUUCUUGGUGAUAGGCAGUGCUGGUACGGGCAAGUCAAGCCUACUUAACAAUUUCAUCGGAAAUAAAUUCAAAGAAGAUAGAUGUCACACCAUUGGCGUAGAAUUUGGUUCUAAAAUUGUCAAUAUUGGUGGAAAAUCAACUAAGUUACAAAUAUGGGACACCGCUGGACAAGAGAGGUUCCGUUCUGUAACUCGCUCUUACUACAGGGGUGCUGCUGGUGCACUUCUUGUAUAUGACAUUACAUCACGGGACUCAUUUAAUGCAUUGACUAAUUGGUUGAGAGAUGCGCGAACACUUGCUAGUCCCAAUAUUGUAAUUUUACUUGUUGGCAAUAAAAAAGAUUUGGAAGAAUCUAGAGAAGUCACUUUCACAGAAGCUAGUCAGUUUGCUCAGGAAAAUGAGCUCAUGUUCUUAGAGACAAGUGCUAAGACAGGCGAGAAUGUUGAAGAGUCAUUUUUGAAGUGUUCUAAAACCAUCCUAGCUAAAAUAGAAACUGGAGAGCUAGACCCAGAGCGAAUUGGAUCUGGUAUUCAGUAUGGAACAAGUACAUCAAAGAGACUGAAUGUACCUAAAAAACCUGCAAGGGCGCCAUCGGAAUGUGCCUGUCGCGUUUAGGAAUGGCAUGUCUAAGGUAUAAGGAGAUUGUAUUCAGAUCAAUUUGUUUUAGGAUAUAUAUUUCAAUAUAAAUCAUAUUGCAU